AUGAUGCCACUAGACAGCGCCGGGUUGGAAUGGUUCCUCGCCUGCCAGCAAUCACUCGAACUCCUACUCAUCGCAUCCUUUACCCUCGAGUCAUCAUUCCGGAUCCCGGCUCUUCCCAGACUACGAGUACUCGAUGCUCCAAUAAGCUGCGCAAAAAGGUUACUCGAAACACACCGAGUCACACACGUGAAACUGCUAGGGGAAGAGUUCUUGCACCUCGAUAGCGCAGCCCUCCGUGAUGUGGUAGUUUGUGUAACCCGAAUCACGGCGUUACAUGAACUCUCAGCGGCGAUUAUACGCAUGCGAAAAUUAGAGUGCUUGGAAAUGGACACCUCCUGUUCAUCAAUACCCAACACACACUCUCAAAUCAAUGCGUUCAAAUGCGCCGUCAAGCUGCGCCAUCUGCGUUUCUUCCCAAAUCAAGCCAUUCCUCAGUCAGGUUUCAAAGAAUGGUUCGAGGAGGAUCCUUGGAAUUAUGACGAUGUUUGCGAUGCCUUCGAUAGCCUCCCGCAACUUGUCCACAUCAGUUUCCGCAUGCGUUCUACGACUUUCCUCGAGUAUUGUUGCUUUACCAGGGGGGAGCAGCACCCGGUUAAGCUUCGCUCUCUUCGACCAGGGGUCUCAAGGGAAUACACCGAAUGGUGGACCAACUGGAUAAAAGAUUAUGUGGUCGUCCCCUUUGAACCUGAUGAUAUACGUAUGGGGUAUCAAGGUGAUUGGCUUGGAGUCGGAGGGCGGGUUCUCAACAACCAGUCUCAGGAGGAUCAAAUCGAGGCGGUAGAAGGAUCCUCAUCCGAAGGAUCCUCCCCGUAG